AUGUUUGAUUAUUAUAAAUAUAAAUUUAAAAAGGGAUGUUUACCCUAUUUUUUAGUAAUUAAUGUUUUUAUUGUUAUUAUCCUUGGAUCUAUAUAUGUGACUUUUCUUGAUAAAAGUACGUAUAUAGGAAAUUCAUUUAUUGCAACCGUCAAUUUUUAUAGAUAUGGAAGAAGUUUAUAUGCCACAGAACGAUUAAGUGAAAUUUUUGGUAUUCCUUCUAAGGAUAAAAUAAGGAGUAAAUUAAAUAUAAAAGGGAAUGAAGAAGACGAUCUCAUAUUAAUAAAUAGAUUUGUAGAUGAAGAUGAGUGUAAUGCUUUUUUAUAUAUUACAAAUCUGAUGAAGGAUUUAAAAAAAUAUAAAUUAUGGAAUAAUUAUAGUGUCAUUCCACAUAUUAAUGAAUACAAUAUAGUGAAUAAAAAUAAGAUUGAUGAAAAAUUAGAUAAUGAAAUUAAUAAAAUGAAAAGAUUUUCAAAUGAUAAUAAAAAUAUAAUGUAUAAUAUAUGGUUUAAAGUAAUGAAUAAUGAAAGAACGAAAUAUUAUUCUUUAAAAAAUAUAUUGAAAAAUACCUACAAGGAAUUGAAAUAUCUAUAUAAAAUUCGUCGAAGACUCAGAAAGAGAAGAUGGAAUAAAUGUAAUAAUAUUAUUUAUAUAUAUGGAUAUUUUAUUGAGUUAAUGUUGAAUGAAAUGUUUGAAGAUUGGUUUAAUGAAGGAGAUUUUUUUUUGGAUGAUUUUAAAUUGUUAAUAAAUUCAAAUAGAAUUGCAUGGAAAGCAUUAACAAAUCAUGUUCAUUAUUCUUGUAAAAAUAUUAUGACUCAAGGUUUGCAAGAUGUAAUACGAACCAAAAAUGAAAAACGUAAUUAUAAUAAUAUAAAUAAAAGUACAGAAAAAAGAAAAAGGAGAAAUAAAAAUGAAAACAUUUUAUGUGUUAAGAUGCAAAAUAUGGACAAUUAUAAGAAAUCAAUAUUAUCAUUGAAAUAUAAUAAAUAUCCACCAUAUGAUUAUAAAGAUUCUAUUGGUGAAGAACUAAAUAUUGAUGAAAAGAAAAAAUAUUUUAACGUUAAAGAGAAGAGACAUAAAAGAGACAAAUUGAGAGGUACAUAUAUGGAAUAUGAAAAUGUGAAAGAAUGCAUGAAGCAAAAAGAAAAAAAAUUAAAUGAAUCUAUAGUAAAUAAUUCAGAUUUAUAUAAAUACAAAUCAUAUAAUAUACCAACAAAUGAUAUAAAAUCUAAUAAUAUCCAAUCAAAUGAUAUAAAAUCUAAUAAUAUCCAAUCAAAUGAUAUAACAUCAGAUAAUUUUAAAUCAAGAAAAUCACGAAAUUUAGAAGAGGCAGAAAGUAUUUUACCAAAUGAGACACAUUUUAAUAAUUGUAAUAAAAAAAAAGCAUAUUAUUUAGAUGAAGAAUGCGAUGAAUUAUUUUCUAAUAAAAAUUCGAAACAAAAGGUUAAUGAUAAUGCAGAUGAAGGUCCUUCCAACUCACGAAGUUUUUAUGGUGAUACAAAAUAUUAUGAUAUAUUAAAUGUGAAACCAGAUGCAAGUUUCAAGGAUAUAAAAGAUAGCUUUUAUAAAUUAGCUUUAAAAUAUCAUCCAGAUAAAAAUGAAAAUAAUAUUGAAGCGAAAAUAAUGUUUCAGAAGAUAAACGAAGCUUAUCAAGUAUUAAGUGAUGAAGAUCAAAGGAGAAAAUACGAUGAAGGAGAAUUCAAUGAAGUAAAUGACACUUUAUUUAUGGAUCCAUUAAUUUUUUUUAUGAUGUUAUUUACUUCAGAAGAAUUAUUUGAUUAUAUUGGAACAUUAAGAAUUGCUACCUUUGUAGCUUUGUUAUUCAAACACGAUUUUUUUGUUAAUGGAGUUUUAACAACAAAAAACAUAAUAAAUAAAGGAAUUGAAAAGGAACAGAAAAAAAGGGAAGUAGAACUAGCUAUAUUAUUAAGAGAACGAUUACAACCAUAUGUUGAUAGUAAUGAAGAUUGGGUUGAAAAUAUGGAGAAUGAAAUUAAAAAGUUGUUUUCAUCCCCAUUUUCGUGUUCCAUAUUAGAAUCCAUAGGUUGGACGUAUGAAAACGUGUCCAAAGUAUAUAUAGAUGAAAUCAAAAAUAAGUGGGGUAUAGGUUUAUCUUUUGCAAAUAUAAAAUUAGCUUAUAGAACUGUGCGAGCUGUAUAUUCUCAUGUAAGAUCUUUUUUUAAUAUUAUUUUUACAAUAAAGAAAUUAAAACGAGCUUAUGAAAUUAUGGAUUCCAUAAUAGAUGGUAAAGAUAUUAAUGAGCCUAUUUCAAAUGAGGCUAAUAGUAUAACAUGUGAUUCAGAGGGUAGCUCCGAUUACAAUGUAAUUACACCUGAUAAUAUCAAAAAGGAUACAAUAUCUAAUAAUUUUAAUAAUAAUCAUAGUGAACAUGAAAAUAAUAGGAAAAAUGUAAUCGAAACGUGUAGUACAAUUAGUAAAUAUAAUAAUAAAAAUGAUUUAAAUGAUAAUAAUUCUCCUGUAACAUAUGAAGAAAAAAAUAAAAUUUUACAAUCCUUCAUAAUUGAAUUACUAACAGUAAUUUUAUGGGAUAUAGAAACAACAGUUAGGAAUGCUUCUGAAAAGUUUUUAAAAGAUGAAGGAGUAGAUAUAUAUGUGAGACUAAAAAGAGCAGAAGGAAUGUGUAUUUUAGGGAAAUUAAUGCAAAAAUGGGCAAAAACAAAAAAAAAUGAUAAAGAUAUAAAUAAAUUCGAUUUUAUAAAUCAUACAAAAGAGGCAUUUGAAAAAGCAUCAUGUGUAGAUGUUGACGAAGUUGAUUAA